AAGUGUCAAGUGUCACUACCAUCAGAAUUUGUUUUGGUUUUGUGUUUUUGCACUGAAAUUUUCUUGAAACUUAAAUGUAUUCUAAAUAUUGUUGUUGAAUAUUAUUACGUGAGAUCGACUCUCCGUGUGGCAUAAUGACGGCUGUAAGAACAUGUCCUGGGUUGUAUUGUGGUCGUACGGAACUGGAUGAUGGGUCUUGGAGUGACUGUGGUGCUUGCCCUCGAGGAUUUCGCACCAAUUCAACCAGCUACUGCGUACCAUGUACCGAUAAACCGACUUUAUACGAUGGCUUGUAUCUUGGAUUCAUGGUUCUAUUACCUAUGGUAUUGCAUUGGUUUUUUAUAGACAUGGUUGCUGUGGCCAAGGGCACCAAGAACAUUUUAGUGCAACACAUAUGUGCUUUUGUUGAGGUGGCAACGGGCACGCUGGCAGCUUUACUAGUGCUGCCACCAACAGGCACUAUUGCAUUACAUGUCUGUUCUCCAAAAGCUCUAUCUGACUGGUACACAUUGCUGCAUAAUCCACAACCUGAUUAUAAAGAGACCCUGCAUUGCACACAGGAGGCUGUAUACCCUUUAUACACAGUAGUCCUACUAAUAUAUGCAUUCAGCCUGCUGAUGACUAUAACUUUGAGGCCAUGGUUGCUGACAUGGGAUUCCGUAAAUCCUGGCAAGAAGGCAAUAUACUGCGCACUGUACUUCUAUCCGAUACUAGUGCUCAUACAUACUGUCGCUGCGGGAUUGAUUUAUUGUUCUUUCCCAUACAUCAUCAUAAUAAUAUCAAUGAUGACGUCAGCGUCACAUUUCUCAAUCAAAAUUGAGCAGACAGCACCAGCGCUCCUGAUGUCAUCCCUUACGAACACAAGAAACUUGAUCAUAUUAUUGGGUCAUUGGAUAAUCCAUGCAUACGGGAUCAUUUCCCUCACUGGUUUCAAGGAAUUGUGGUACCUAUCCCUGGUACCUGCCCCAGCAUUGUUUUACAUCUUAACUGCUCAGUUCACUGACCCCAUGAAGAUUCACAGUGAUUGACAAGAACGCCAAGCAUUCGUAAAGCUGGUUCUACAUUGACUUCAGUGAUUGUUUUGCUAUGUGGUACUGAUAGUGCAGUGACGUUUCAAGUGGUAGCCAGUACGAAUGCUUCUCAUGAGUUUUAGUUCGGACAGUAUUGUUGGGUUUAUAUUUUUACAAACUUCUCCGCUAGAUGUUUUAGCACCUCAUUUCACAUCUGAAGUCCACA